AUGGCUCAACGUGGCGAGCCGGGAGGUCACACCUGGUUGUCCACUACACCCCGACGAGCUGGACGCCGCCCUACUCCAGUGGCUUCGAGUAGUACAGGCGCUCCACUUCCCGGACGAGAUAGCUGCUGCCGCCGCAGGACGCUCCGGCCACCACGCAGUUCACUGAUCAAGCUGAAUCCGUUCAUCGACGACCACGGUGUACUGCGCGUUGGAGGACGCCUCAAACACGCACUGCUGCCCUACGACGAGAAGCACCCGGACCGUCGUCAAGCAGCAACUGCAUCGGUGCGUCACUUGCACUCGCUGGCGCGCUGCCACGCCACAGCCUCCAAUGGGCCACCUUCCUCGGGACCGAGUGACGCCAACUCGACCUUUCUUGAGCACUGGACUGGACUACGCGGGACCAAUUUCCAUCCGGACCAGCAAGGGACGCGACACCGCUCACAGAAAGGAUACAUCGCGGUCUUCGUCUGCUUUUGGUCGAAGGCCAUCCAUCUCGAGGUCGUCUCGGAUUACAGCUCCGAGGCCUUCAUCGCCGCCUUACGCCGCUUCGUCUCUCGCAGAGGACUGUGUACGGACGUCUACAGCGACUGCGGCACAACAUUCGUUGGCGCCGAUCGCACCCUGCGGGAGCUCUUCAAGGCGUCGACCUCCGAGGGCCUUCACAUCGCCCGCGCCGCCAACACUCAAGGGAUCCGCUGGCAUUUUAAUCCGCCAGCGGCCCCUCACUUUGGUGGUCUUUGGGAGGCUGCCGUGAAAUCCACUAAAUUUCACCUCCGCCGAGUAAUCGGCGACACCACGCUCACUUUUGAGGAGCUUAACACACUCCUCACACAAAUCGAGGCGUGUCUUAAUUCUCGUCCGUUGCAGGCUCUGUCGGACGACCCAGACGACACUUCAGCACUCACUCCAGGGCACUUUAUCAUCGGCGCGCCUCUAUUAGCUAUACCUGAGCCGUCACGGAUCGGACAAUCAUCAUCCACGCUGUCACGCUGGCAUCACCUGCACUGA